AUGACAAAGGAAGCGACUCCACUAUGGAUAACGCCACUAUUGAAUUACAAGCAGCCAGAGGUUACAGUCGGCCACUACGAAGUCGUUCAAAGGGUUGUGAUGCCGUCGCCACAUCCCAACAAGAAAGAAGCAGAAAUUGAAACUUCGGUCGAAAACUUUAUUCGACCAGAGGGAAAUGUAGCCUGGCGACGGGUGGCUGUCCGAAGUGGGCCCUCCUGUCACGAACAAACCAUGCACGCUUCGUUCGUGUUGCCAGAGGACCGGCAGAACCUUUCGGGGAAAUCCUCGAUUGUCUGUUGGGCGGCAUUUCCAGAACAACCAGACCACAAGCUUCUCUGUGUUCUUGCCAGUGCUACAUUGUUGUGUAUAUACGAUGUGUAUCCAAAGGGCAAAGCGUACACUCUCGGAGGGGAAGGCCACUCAAUACCGUUGCCAUUUGAAGCAUGUGGGGUUUAUGCGAUUGAUGACGGUCAGGGGUUGCUGCUACAAAGAACUGAGACCCUAGAGGACAAUCUAGCAUUUGAUGCUCAAAAUAGAACAUGGACUUCUACUGGACUCCAAGGAGAAGAUGAAGAUGACGGAUUUGUGCUCAAAGCACCACCUCGUCCUCUUCGUUUUCGAGAAUCGACGGGAACGGAAUUUGGCAGUCUCAGCAUGCCCAACAAUCCUACCACUGCUCCGAGCCUAUUUUCACUGUCUCAUCCUCUAGAUGACAUAUUACCAGUGUCCAAUAUUCGUGAUGCCGACUCACAAAACUCGCCCUUUGAAGAUGUCUUUGAAAAAAUUCUGUUUGUGGGAGUGGUUCGAUGGGUUGAUCCUGCAACCACUGCUGCCGAAAGAAAAGAACACUUGCAGCCAAUCUGCGUGACGUAUCAUACCCAUAAGAAAGUACACGCCAUCUGGGAAAUAAAGAACUCUCCACCACCUCCACCACAGGCUCCACUAUGGGAAGUGAGUAGUCAAUGGAGGUCUAGUGAGGGAUUGAACAGUCACCUCGGUGUAUUGCAGCAAGAUUUUGAUGACAUGGUGCUACUGGAACCGCCACACGAUCCGAACGCAUCUCGAUUCAACCCUGUUGCAAGAAAAGAAGCCCUUGCGGAUGCCUUGGGUGUUCGAAAAAGUCCUCACAAAGUAGGGGAACAUCCACGAGCGCGAAACCUCCCUUCAAGAUCGGCCAAUCGACCACGGGCUCAAAAGCCAUCGGGAACCAAUCUUUCACUACUUUCUCCUUUGUCAAAACCGGCGACGAACGAAACACUCAUGGAUAUUGAUACCACUGUGGAAACAGCGACGAGGCCACCAUUGCUCAGCAUAGGGCCAUUUGCAAGUUUGCAUCCCAAGAUUGCCAUGGUACGCAUCUAUCAAGAGGAGGACAUUACAAAAGAAGCUUCCCAUAUAUUUCUGAUUUCCAACGAAGAGGGGUCAGGAACACUUACAUUGUGCAUGGUGAGACCACGAGAUGAUGAUACCUCGAAUCCAAAUGAAGUUGUACUGUGCCCCUUAAUUUCUGCACGCAAAGGCACUCCAGUGCUGAAUGGGAACAUUGGGCAGUUUCAGGUUGUACCAGUGACGACCAUCCCAUGCGUAUCUGCUGCACCUUUGCAAGCUUCGCCAGUCCCUUGCUGCUUUGUGGGACAGGAAAAGAAACGAUUGGGGCAUAGCCACAAGGCAGCGACGGACAUGCUGCUGUUACAUAAUGACAGCCAAGGCCAACGAAAGAUGACAUUGUGUCGGAACAGCAUGCCUAUCGUGGACUGCGCGGUGCACGAAAACUCUGGUUUUGGCUUUGGGAUUGUAGAUGAUAUUCGUGAUGCAGUGGGAAACAGAAUCGACCUAAUUAUUGAAUCGGGAUCCAGUGAGCCGGUCUGUCUUCGAACAAGAAUAACAUUGGAGGUCGAGUCCAAUGCUGUCUGCGAGAAAGUCGUUCAAGCCGUCGAAGCAACACUUUGUUCUCCAAAAUUUCGAGAAUCGACUUCCAAGGGAAUUGAAGUUGCGCUGAAGAUUCGAGCUGACUGCGUUCGGAUGCAACAGGCACUUUUGCAACCACCAGAUGGGAGGUCCGCCGUUGAUGGAGAUGCAGCAUCCAAAGCUGUGGGUUCUGUCCUUUGUGCCUUGCUCGUUCUGGAAUUGCUUGGCAAAGAUGUAAACAAUAAAAGCAGCCAAGCAAUGGAGUCGUCGACUCCUGAAAUGAGUGCUUGGGAGUUGCUUUUGAAUUCCGAGUACCACAAAAAUUAUUCCUCUGCCGAAUGCCCUCAGUUAAUCCCGCCAAGCGCUAGUGCAAUACCAGGCACACUAGACACGUUUUGGCGAUGGGACGAUCUUGGAGAUCUUCACUCUUUGACCGUAGAGUGCCUCAAGGAGGAUGCCACUUCUUUUGCAGCGUCAGUUUUUGAUUCGAUGCAUGCCGUAUACGAAGACUUCAAAGUCUAUGGCAGCUCAAGGGAUGAAGGGAUUCGCUUUGUGGGAUCAAUUUUGUGCCAAGUUUGUUCAGUAUGCCCGACAAGCGUCGGAAUACCCCGAGACCUCUUCAUGGGGCACUAUAGGAGAGAUCUUGGUGACGAAUUGUUCGAAAGAACUGUCGCUGCAGCAAAUAUCCAACAAGAAUCUGUGGUGACACCGAAGGCGAAGCAACUAUCGUCGCACCGUUAUCCGCCCUGUAUCAUGUCUUGGGUUGACUCUCGUGUUUCGUGCAAGAAUGUUGAAUGUGGUUACGAACAAGUACCCCAAGAGUCAUCACUCAACGCUGGUUGUACGAGAACUCUAUCGGUUGUUCGAAUUUUCUCUAUGCUCUACGGGGAUUGUGACAACAGCAGCGCUGGAAAAUGCGAGCGGGAUCGUCGAGUUGCUAUUGCGCUAAUUGAAGAGGGCUUCACUGACAGGGUUUUACUCCGAGAUUCGUUGCCAGCUGGAGUCGUUGUACCCCUGCUAGAAGUCCUUUUUCGGUGUAGGGACGAACAAGAGUUGCUUGACAUGCCUCUCGAUGACCCAGAGAUGUGGUCGUUGAUUGGGAGGGACGAUGUGUACAAGAAUUCCCAAGGCGCAAGGCCUGGCUUUUCGGAAGUCUCAUCAUUCAAAGUUGAUUCGUUGAGUGCACUUGAUCUUUCUGACCAAUCAACGCCAAAAUCGAGUAAGCUCGAUGACAAAGAUAAGGAUGGCAUCUGUCCGCUCGAAGUGACUUCGUCCAUGCUCUUCCCCGAGGAUAACAGAAUACGGGAAGUCGGUCGUCUUUUGCGAUCAUCGAGACCAAUGUACCUCAAUGUUCCUCGAGCAAUUGAAGUAACUGACCACGACUACGAAAGGAUGAAACAGGAAAAACUUCUACUGCUGAGCCGACGAUCCCUUGCGCUCCCAUUAGGCCGUGGAAUGUUCACUAUUGGCAACCUGCAACCUGUACCAGCGGAGCCGCUGCCGCUUCCAGAGAUCUCUCUUGUCAGCCGUGUCCCACCCACAAAUGCAAUGCUUGCCCUAGACACCAGUGAAAUGGAAACAGAUAUGAAGGUGUGGCCAGAUUUUCACAAUGGCGUUGCCGCUGGUUUGCGUCUUCCGCUUCAUAUGGAUUCAAACGAUAGCAUAUCGAAAAUCACCAGAACAUGGAUUGUGUACAACAGACCAGACGAAGCUGCGGCUCAAUCUCCUAAUAAUGGAAGCAAUGCCGCGAACUCAAAUCAGCCGAACCCAAUACAUGCCUACGGGGGACUUUUGAUGGCACUCGGUCUGCGUGGUCAUUUGACUGCGCUUGAGAUGACGGAUAUCUUUGACUACUUGACACAAGGAACAGUAACAACUACUGUCGGUGUCUUGUUGGGGAUGGCUGUAAAUAUGAGAGGUUCUUGCGACGUUUCUGUCUCGAAGAUGCUGUGCCUACACAUACCUUCCUUGAUACCGCAGCACUUCAGCGCGAUCGACGUGGCAAGUCCCGUACAGGCCGCUGCCAUUGCGGGGGCUGGUUUGCUAUAUCAAGGCUCUUCACACCGCAUGAUGACUGAAUUUUUGUUGAACGAGAUUGGAAAAAGACCUGCAAAUGACCUGAAUGUUGUUGAUCGUGAAGCUUACACACUGUCAUGCGGAAUCGCACUUGGGAUGGUGAACCUAUGCCGAGGGGAAGGGACGUAUAAUGAUGGAUCUGGCAUCGGCAGUGCUGGUCUAAGUGAUCUACGCAUUGAAGAUAGGCUGUGUCGAUAUAUUGUUGGCGGGCAAGAUGAUGCUGAAAUUCGUCGACAACGUGAGGAAUCCGACAGGUUAAGUCUUCCUUCCUCCAGCGCUGCAAACGGAAACGAGAAGUGCUCGUGUAUCUUCGAAGGCAAUUCAAUUAAUACGCAUGUUACUGCUCCGGGUGCCACGCUUGCACUGGGCCUGAUGUACAUGAUGAGUGGAAAUACCACAAUUGCAGCGGCGAUUGCACUUCCGGACACUCACUUUCUCCUGGAAUACGUUCGCCCUGACUUUUUGAUGCUACGAGUGAUUGCCAGAUCAUUGAUUCUUUGGGACGAUGUCAAACCCUCCACAGAAUGGAUUUUUUCUCAACUGCCAAAAGCUGCUGCAGAUGGCUACGAGAAGAUGCGGACAAUGGCCAAGAACAUGUCGGGUGGAGCGCCAGCUCUAGUAGACGAGGACCAAUCUUUUGAUCGCCAGGCUGUUCGUUUGAUCCAUGUCCAUGUCAUUGCUGGCGCUUGUUUUUCUAUUGGGCUGCGCUUUGCAGGCACAGGAAAUCGAGAUGCUGCAGCAGCAAUCUUCGAGAGAGUGAUGGAGUUGCGAGAUCUCAGAGAUGGUACCGAUUCGGUAUCUUGUGCGCUACGUCCGCCGGUUCCAGUUCUUGAAAUGUGUUUGGGUUGUGUUGCAAUUUCGUUAGCAAUGGUGAUGGCUGGUUCUGGCGACCUGGAAGUCUUAAGAUUACUGAAGGUACUGAGAUGGCGGUGCGACGAACAAAUCAGCUAUGGCAGCCAUUUGGCUUUCGGAACAGCAAUAGGCCUACUUUUCCUUGGUGGUGGAACGUGUACCUUGGGCAGAGAACCAGAAGAUAUUGCUGCAUUGGUUAUGGCAUUCUAUCCACGAUUUCCGGCUUCGUCUACAGAUAAUCAAUACCAUCUCCAAGCGUUACGAAAUCUGUAUGCAAUCGCGGUAAAGGAACGUUCGUUUCGUGCGAUCGAUGUGGACACUGGUGAAAGUGUUUUCGUUCCACUUGAGGUUCAUUUUGAGGACGCUAGCAACCCUCCAUUGAAAAUGACGGCGCCGUGUUUGUUUUUCAAUACAGAUGCCAAGCCAAAGGAGCUGAGGGUAACGUCAGAACGAUAUUACCCGUUGACACUGAGCAUGAACAAUUCAAUCCCGAGGAGCACCAUUUUUGUAAAACGACGAAGCGCACACUUGAGCUACCUCCAGGAUCCUCACUCACAGCGGUCGUUGCUUGUCCAGACCGGUACCUUCCAAGGCAACAAAGCGCUUGAUCUAAUUGCUUCCUUCACAGACGACCAAAAGGUCCUCGCUUUUGCGAAGCAUCUUUGUGAUCUUGGCCAACCUGUGGGUUCUGGUUCCAACGGUCCGUUUUCUGUUGCCGGAUUUUGUUCUCGGGUCUUGCACGAGUCUUUGUUGCUGGACACCCAAGAGGCUCUUCCGCUGUAUCUUGCAUUGCGUACAACGAUUUCCUCGUUGCAGACUGGGUCCUUUUCUGUUGCAACUCAGGUCUGGGACUUUCGAAUUAUCAAGUCGUACUACGAACAACGUCGCCAAUUGCAGGUUUCAGAUUCAAGCCCGCGCCUCCUCAACAGUGAAAUUGUCGCGUACUUACUAGAACUUCUCGAAAAGCUCUUGGUCGGAAGUGGGGAUACGAAAUUGCUUGUUUCAGCAAGCAAAGCAUCAAAUCGAGAUGGAUCUGUUCCAAUUUUCUUUGAAUCACAAGUCAAUUCGCUGGCAGUUUCAAGCACGAGUAUGGACCUAAGCUAG